CAUACGCCGCGUUCACACUUCAAGCAUUCAAAAUUCAUCGUCUAAGCAAAGCGGAUGCAGCCAAGCGAGCGAGCAAUUGAAUGAAUUUAACAUAGAACCAAUAUAAAAGCCAAUCAAAACGUGCAUAUCAAUCUAGAGCAGACAAACCAAAGAAAUUCAAUCAAACGAAGCAUUUAACAGGACAGCCACAACAACAACUGAAGCAGAAGCAACAACGACAACAACACAGACAGCAACAACAACAACAAGAAGAAGAACUGCGUGGGUGCAUGCCGCGGAUGAGCCGCGGAUUAUGUCACGUGACGAUUAUAAUCCAGUGAAUAGCUCUGGUGUGCGCAGUCCGGGUCGCGUGCGUCGGCUCCAGGAAUUGCCAACGGUCGAUCGCUCACCAUCACGGGAUUACGGCGCACGCGGAAGUCCACUAGCAAUGGGCAGUCCAUACUACCGCGACAUGGAUGAGCCAACAAGUCCCGCCGGUGCGGGACACCAUCGCAGCCGCAGCGCCAGCAGACCACCGAUGUCACAUGCCAUGGACUAUCCAAGAACCCGCUAUCAGUCGCUCGAUCGCGGCGGCCUUGUGGAUCCGCAUGAACGUGAAUUCAUUCCCAUACGAGAGCCGCGUGAUCGCUCCCGGGACAGAUCCCUGGAAAGAGGACUCUACCUGGAGGACGAACUGUACGGCCGUUCGGCGCGACAAAGUCCCAAUGCGCUAGGAGGCUAUAACACGGGUAUGCCCACAUCGGAUCGUGCCUAUCUGGGGGAUUUGCAGCAUCAGAAUACGGAUCUGCAGCGUGAGCUGGGCAAUCUGAAGCGGGAGCUGGAGCUGACGAAUCAAAAGCUGGGCAGCUCGAUGCACAGCAUCAAGACAUUCUGGUCGCCGGAGCUAAAGAAAGAGCGGGCGCUGCGCAAGGAGGAGAGCGCCAAGUACAGUCUGAUCAACGAUCAGCUAAAGCUGCUUAGCACAGAGAAUCAGAAACAAGCGAUGCUCGUGCGCCAGCUGGAGGAGGAGCUGCGUCUGCGCAUGCGCCAGCCCAAUCUCGAGAUGCAGCAGCAAAUGGAGGCCAUCUACGCGGAGAACGAUCAUCUGCAGCGCGAGAUCAGCAUAUUGCGCGAGACCAUCAAGGAUCUCGAGUGCCGCGUGGAAACCCAAAAGCAGACGCUCAUCGCGCGCGACGAGAGCAUCAAGAAGCUGCUCGAAAUGCUGCAGGCCAAGGGCAUGGGCAAAGAGGAGGAGCGCCAAAUGUUCCAGCAAAUGCAGGCGAUGGCACAGAAACAGAUGUACAAUAACUUCACGGGCGGAAGCGGAAGCCCCCCACUGCCCGAUAUCAUUGGACAAUAUUACGGACCAGUCACAGCCGGCGGCUACGUUGGACCGGGCGUCACAACAACCUCGCUCAACGGCGGCUAUGGCAAUGCCUAUGAACUGUACGGGCCAAGCAGUUCGACGGGCUAUUUGUAUGAUCCACAGAUUUACGGACAGCAAACAUCACCGAUACGGAGGAGACGUUAUAGCAUUGCCGGUCUGCCAUCGGCGACCAUGUACAACGAUGUCUACGGUUAUCCGGCGCCAACAUUGCAACAGACUAGCUCCUCGAACAUUGUCAAUCUGCUGAACGAGGCAAACAAAUCGAUAUCGCGCUCAUCACAGAUCCUGAACCUGAGCCACCAGGCCAGACAGCUAAGCGGUGGUCAGUGCCAGCAACAGCAGCUGGUGACAACACCGCUGUCCGGCCGUGUGGUAUCCAGUUAUCCGACGCUGCAUGGUGGCGAUUAUUCGCCGCCGUAUCUAAACGAUAACCUGCUGCAAAUGUCGACAAGCUUCUCAUCCCAGCCCAAUAUGUACUUCCAGCCGCAGCAGCCGACGCAGCUGACGGCCGCACAAAGUGCCGCUGCGGCGGCUGCACGACUGCGACCCGCCUACUCCGUAUCGAAUCUUGUCGGUGGCUAUCUGCCAGCCAGCUGCAAGUACGGUGCAACGGGUUACGCGAAUCCCUAUCAGAGCGAUCUAACCGGCUACGGUCUUGGUCUCGGUCUCGGUCUGGGUUCGGGUGCGGGUCUUGGCUCGAAUCUGGGCCUGGGCCUGGGCCUGCCGCCGGCAUCGGCGCAACAACGCCAGCUCAUGUCACACUCACUGCAUGCCUCCAAUCCCGCCAUAACGCAGUACUAUCAGCAACAGCAUUCGAUGCCACCGCCGGCCAGCUCGACGCUGGCCUACAAUCUGCAUCAGCAGUUCGCCGGCACUCAACAGCAGCAGCAGCAGCAACAGCAGCAGCAGCAGGCGGCACAUUCGCAUAUACAGGCCUCGGUGCAGCAGCAGAUGAACCCGCAGUAUCAGUAUCAUGUGCAUCAGCACCAGAAUCAUCUGCAAACCCAUCCGCUGGCAUCGCUGGCCAAUACGAGCGGCCCAUUUGGCGGUACGCUGGCGAGCAGCGCUCGAGAUGUUGGCGUCGGCUACGAACCGCUGCAUCAUGCUUCGCAUCUGGCGUCGCAUCAUCAUACGCAUCCGCAUACGCAUCAUCAUCAUCAUUUAGCGGCCGGGCUGCAUGCCCCACCAUAUUCGCACACGCAUCAUCAGCAGCAGCUACAACAACAACAACAACACCAUCAUCACCACCAUUUGCCAUACUCGAAACUAGACUUAGAUUACCCGAAACUGCCGCAAGAGCAUAAGCGACAAUUGGACGAAUUCCGUCUUGAAAUACAAAGAAGGGAUCAAGAGAUCUUGGCGAUGGCGGCCAAAAUGAAAACGCUCGAGGAGCAGCAUCAGGACUAUCAGCGGCACAUAGCGGUGCUCAAGGAGUCGCUAUGUGCCAAAGAGGAGCACUACAAUAUGCUGCAGACGGACGUUGAGGAGAUGCGCGCCCGGCUCGAGGAGAAGAAUCGCCUCAUCGAGAAGAAGACACAGGGCACCCUGCACACUGUUCAGGAGCGAAAUCGUUUGACCAGCGAGCUAACCGAGCUCAAGGAUCACAUGGACAUUAAGGAUCGCAAGAUCAGUGUGCUGCAGCGCAAGAUUGAGAACCUGGAGGAUCUGCUGAAGGAGAAGGAUAACCAGGUGGACAUGGCCCGUGCUCGACUGUCCGCCAUGCAGGCCCACCACAGCAGCUCCGAGGGCGCACUCACCAGCCUGGAGGAGGCCAUCGGCGACAAGGAGAAGCAAAUGGCGCAGCUGCGCGAGCAGAGGGAUCGCGCCGAGCACGAAAAGCAGGAGGAGCGCGAUCUGCAUGAACGCGAGGUGGCCGACUACAAAAUGAAACUGCGCGCCGCCGAAAGCGAUGUGGAGAAGCUGCAAACGCGACUUGAGCGUGCUGUCAACGAGCGCGAACGGCUCGAGAUCAAGCUGGAGGCAUCGCAAAGCGAACUGGGCAAAUCGAAGGCGGAACUGGAGAAGGCCACCUGCGAAAUGGGACGCAGCAGCGCCGAUUGGGAGUCGACAAAGCAGCGCAUCGCACGCUUGGAGCUGGAGAAUGAGCGGCUGAAACACGAUCUGGAACGUUCGCAGAAUGUACAAAAGUUAAUGUUCGAAACGGGCAAAAUAUCGACGACAUUCGGACGCACCACAAUGACCACAUCCCAGGAGCUGGAUCGAGCGCAGGAGCGCGCGGACAAGGCUGCCGCCGAGCUGCGACGCACUCAGGCCGAGCUGAGAGUGACACAGUCGGAUGCGGAACGCGCACGCGAAGAGGCCGCCGCCCUGCAGGAGAAGUUGGAGAAGAGCCAGGGCGAAGUUUACCGGCUGAAGGCGAAGCUGGAGAAUGCCCAGGGCGAGCAGGAGAGUCUGCGCCAGGAGCUGGAGAAGGCGCAGAGCGGCGUCUCGCGUAUACACGCCGAUCGCGAUCGGGCGUUCGCCGAGGUGGAGAAGAUCAAGGAGGAAAUGGAGCGCACGCAGGCAACGCUGGGCAAGGCGCAGCUGCAGCACGAGAAGCUGCAAAACACGCUGGACAAGGCACAGAACGAGGUCGAUCAUCUGCAGGAUAAACUAGAUAAGGCCGGCACCGAGAAUCGACGUCUGGUGCUCGAAAAGGAGAAGCUCACCUAUGACUACGAUAAUCUCCAAUCGCAGCUGGACAAGGCACUCGGCCAAGCGGCGCGCAUGCAGAAGGAACGCGAAACUCUCACGCUGGAUACGGAUCGCAUACGCGAAAAGCUUGAAAAGACGCAGAUGCAGCUAGCGCGCAUACAAAAGGAAAGGGAUCAGUUCUCCGAUGAACUGGAAACGCUCAAGGAGCGCUCGGAAUCCUCCCAGACGCUGCUCAUGAAGGCCGCACGAGAUCGUGAGGCGAUGCAAACCGAUCUGGAAGUACUUAAAGAGCGCUAUGAGAAAUCGCAUGCCAUACAGCAGAAACUGCAGAUGGAGCGCGAUGAUGCUGUUACCGAGGUGGAAAUACUCAAGGAGAAACUGGACAAGGCUCUCUAUGCCAGCCAGAAGCUCAUCGACGAGAAGGACACCUCCAACAAGGAGUUCGAGAAGAUGCUGGAGAAGUACGAUCGUGCUCAGAACGAGAUCUAUCGCCUGCAAUCGCGCUGCGAUACCGCUGAGGCGGAUCGCGCCCGACUUGAGGUGGAGGCCGAACGCUCCGGCUUGGCCGCCUCGAAGGCGCGCGAGGAUCUGCGCAAGCUGCAGGACGAAAGCACACGGCUGCAGGAGGCCUGCGAUCGUGCCGCUCUGCAGCUCAGUCGCGCCAAGGAGUGCGAGGAUAAUGCGCGCACCGAACUGGAACACAAUCGGGAUCGAUUCGAUAAGAUGCAAACGGACAUACGACGCGCCCAGGGCGAAAAGGAGCACUUCCAAUCGGAGCUGGAGCGCGUCACCUACGAGCUGGAGCGUGCCCAUGCGGCACAGACCAAGGCGGCCGCCAGCGUGGAGGCCGCCAAGGAGGAGGCAGCCCACUAUGCUGUUGAGCUGGAGAAGCUGCGCGAGCGCUACGAAAAGAAUCAGGUGGAGCUGCGCAAGCUGCAGGACACAGACACAUUCGGACGUGAGACGCGUCGCCUCAAGGAGGAGAACGAACGGUUGCGCGAGAAGCUGGAUAAGACACUGAUGGAGCUGGAGACGAUACGCGGCAAGUCGCAGUACGAGUCGGAAUCCUUUGAGAAAUACAAGGAUAAGUACGAGAAGAUCGAGACCGAAAUACAGAACAUGGAGUCGAAGCUGCACGAGACCAGUCUGCAGCUCGAACUGUCCAAGGGCGAGGUCGCUAAAUUGCUGGCCAACCAGGACAAACAGCGCAGCGAGCUGGAGCGUGCCCAUAUUGAGCGUGAGAAGGCGCGGGACAAGCACGAGAAACUGCUGAAGGAGGUCGAUCGUUUGCGCCUGCAACAGUCCUCGGUGAGCCCCGGCGAGCCGGUGCGCUCGUCCGCCGCGAUCUCAGCGGGCGAGCGACAGGAGAUCGAUCGGCUGCGUGAUCGCCUCGAGAAGGCGCUGCAGUCGCGCGAUGCUACCGAACUGGAGGCCGGUCGCUUGGCCAAGGAACUGGAGAAGGCACAAAUGCAUUUGGCCAAACAGCAGGAGAAUACCGAGUCCACGCGCAUCGAAUUCGAGCGCAUGGGCGCCGAGCUUGGACGCCUGCACGAUCGUCUCGAGAAAUCCGAGUCGGAAAAAGAAGCUCUGCGACAGAGCAGUCGCGGCGCCGGUGCCGCCAGCGGCGCCCAUCCACAGCUGGAGAAGCACGUCCAGAAGCUGGAGAACGAUGUCAAACAGCUGGCCAUGGAGCGCGAACAGCUUGUGCUGCAGCUGGAAAAGAGUCAGGAGAUACUGAUGAACUUCCAGAAGGAGCUACAAAACGCCGAACAGGAAUUGCAAAAGACCCGCGAGGAGAAUCGCAAGCUGCGCAACGGCCAGCCCGUUGCGCCCGCCGCACCCGCCGAAAUUCAGGCCAUGCAAAAAGAGAUCCAAACGCUGCAGCAGAAGCUGCAGGAAUCGGAGCGCGCCCUGGCAGCCGCGGGACCACAACAACAACAGGCAGCGGCAGCCGCAGCGGGCGCCAGCCGCGAGGAGAUCGAACAGUGGCGCAAGGUUAUCGAGCAGGAGAAGAAUCGCGCCGACAUGGCCGACAAGGCGGCCCAGGAGAUGCACAAGCGCAUACAGCUGAUGGACCAACACAUCAAGGAUCAGCACGCCCAGAUGCAAAAGAUGCAGCAGCAGAUGACGCAACAGCAGCAGCAGGCAGCGCAGCAGCAGCAAACGGCGGCAGCCAGCGGCGGCGUCGAUGCCAAGGAGCUUGAAAAGGUCAAAGUUGAACUGCAGGCGGCCUGCACGGAGCGUGAUCGCUUCCAGCAGCAGCUGGAGCUAUUGGUGCAGGAGCUCGAAAAGAGCCAGUUGUCCAAUCAGGAGCAGGCGAAGCAGCUGCAGACGGCGCAGCAGCAAGUGCAGCAGCUGCAGCAGCAGAUCCAACAGCUGCAGCAGCAAAUGCAACAGCUGCAGCAGGCGGGCAGCGCGGGCGCCGCAGCAACAGACGUGCAGCGGCAGCAACUGGAGCAGCAGCAGAAGCAGCUGGAGGAGGUGCGCAAACAGAUUGACAACCAGGCGAAGGCUACCGAAAGCGAACGCAAGAUAAUCGACGAGCAGCGCAAACAGAUCGAGGCCAAGCGCAAGGAUAUCGAGGACAAGGAAAAGAAAAUGGCCGAGUUCGAUGUGCAGCUGCGCAAGCGAAAGGAGCAAAUGGAUCAGCUGGAAAAGUCAUUGCAGACCCAGGGCGGCGGCGCAGCGGCCGCCGGCGAGCUUAACAAGAAGCUAAUGGACUCACAGCGGCAGCUCGAGGCCUGCGUCAAGGAACUGCAAAACACAAAAGAGGAGCACAAGAAGGCGGCAACCGAAACGGAGCGCCUGCUGCAAUUGGUACAAAUGUCACAGGAGGAGCAGAAUGCCAAAGAGAAGACUAUUAUGGAUUUGCAACAAGCCUUAAAGAUCGCUCAAGCCAAAGUCAAACAAGCACAAACACAACAGCAGCAGCAGCAGGACGCCGGACCCGCUGGCUUCUUGAAGAGCUUCUUCUAAACCGAAAGCGUAUAAGUACUUGUCUCGCCGCAAGUAUAAGUACAAGCCUAACACAACAAAUAACAGCACUGUCUACUAUUUUGUAUACAACCGAUUACCGAUAUACCGACUAUGCAGUAUUUCUUCUACUACUAUGUACCACACACACACACACACAUUUGUAAAUGACAUAUGUAAAUGCAAGCAAAUUAUUUGAUAUUUAUUAUAUUGUAAUUAGGUUGCCGCUAUACUCAAAUUAUGAAUGCAUUUAUGUAAAUGUCAGAUUUGUAACUCUCUCCAUUUCGAACUUCAACUUAACUCUCCCUCUCAAUCGAUUUCGAACCCCUCUCUCUCUCACUCUCUCUUGCUCUUGCUCUCGCUGUCUGGUUAACAGUUUGUUCGUCUUAUACGCUGUAAAGUAGACUACACUUUUCCAGCACCGGCUCGAAUUGAGCUUACACGACAUCCGAUACCCUGUAAAUGAACAAUUUUAUCAAAUUUCAAAGUUCUCUACAAAUAUUUUGCACUUUUUCCAAGUUGUGUAAACUCAAAUUGAGUUCGUUUUGUUUUAAUCGGCACGAUCCCCAGUUUUGCAUACGGCGCGAAUGUGAUUCACAAAAGCAAGAUAAAGCGAAACAAAUGAAUAAAUCAACUAAUUAUUAAAUAUACAUGCAUAAAUACUACAUAUAAAUUGUUAGGCAACGUAUCGUAUAAUUAUGAAAAGUAGCUAACGAUGUGCUAGCCUCUGUUAUAGUUAGUUAAAAACUGAACAAAUCCAAAAUCGCAGAACAUAAAUCCAUAUAUAUACAUAUAUAUACUAUAUAUUUAUCAGACACUGUACAUAGAGCAUCUAUCGUAGUCGUACGAUCCGAAUACGAAUACAAAUAAAGAGUAGAGCAAUAAAUUUAUAUAUAACCCCUGAUACG